AAUGGCUGAAGGUGUGUGUGUUGAGGAGGACCUAGUGAAGCCUGAGCCGUUUGAAACUGUGCUCCUGCCCGUGAAGGAAGAGAUGAAGGUUAGUGCUGGCAGCUUAUACCGUGAGGCUGUUACUGUUGCAAAUAUUAACUAAGGGAAAAUGUUAUUUAAAGUAGCUUGGCUUCUGGGUUGUAGCCGCGUCCUUGGCGAAUAAUUCACCGACAUUUCGGUCAACAUUGCAGUCAUCAGGGAGCAGUUACCUUCUAAAGUUCUUAAAAGUAAACUGCCUUUAUAUACUCUCGCCUGAUUGGCUGCAGCUGUGGGCCAAUCAGGCAGGAUUACUUGUAAGAACUUCAGUAGGUAACUGCUCCCUAAUGAUGGCGACUGCAAUGUUGACCGAAACGUCGGUGAAUUAUCCGCCAAGGAUGCGGCUACAACCCAGAAGCCAAGCUACUUCAGACAAUGGCCGUGAAAGCCUGCGAACAUUAUUAAUGUUAUUUAAGUUAUAAAAGUUGCUUACCUUUUAAUUUUGUGUCUGUCCGUAAAAUUUGCUGAUUAUUCUUUUGGUUUUCAUCUGGGAGUUCUGUUGCUUUCCUAGAAGUCAAGUGUAGAGCUUGUUAUAAGUGGGUUCAAAAGACUCGAGGGAAACUUUCGGCACAGCAAAUUUCUUAUUGUUCCCACCACAAAAACUGUGAUGCUCAGAACUCUCGCGGAGGCCGGCGUCACUGCUUUUAUACUCUUGGCAGACUUUCUGGAAAACGGACUGGGGGGUUGGAAGUGCCACUCCGCAUGGCAGCCUUGGGAAACCCGCAGAAUUCCCAGGACGCUGAAGGGGUCAUUGAGGCGGGAGGGUGCGAGGGAAGUGGAAAGGGGUAGGGGGUAGCGAGGACCCUUGUAAUCCGGUCAGGCACGCGUGGCAUGCCUUACACCAGUGGACGGCGCGUGACAUCAGUGACCGUGCGGUGCCGCCAGCCAGCUGCGAACCUGGAGCCUGUCGUGGUCCUGUCUGUGCUCGUAACAAUAUAUUACUAAAGCUGCAAACCAGAAUAUUGAAGAUUUAUGAUUCACAUUUUACCGUUACUUUCUGCUCGGCUGGGAUUAUUAAAAAGUAUAAAAAAAACCUAUAAAAAUAUACGUAGUGUAUAAUAAUAAUAAUAAGAGUUCCAAAAAAUACUAUUAUUGGUGCAUUAAAAUUAAAUUUAUCAGGCCUGUUACAUUCAGCACAAAGCAAGUCUUAUUUCAUCUUAACUUGUGCACAUGCUACUUCCCAACGAAGUUCCAUUUAGACGUAAAGAAAAACAAAAUGAGAGUCCUCGAUUCCAUGCAAUUCAAUAUCUUCCUGCUCAAUAUGACUCCACUGGCGUAACAGGUGUGGCAACGCCACCAAACUGUUCACUAUCAUAAAAUACGUGCAAAAUUUACACUUGAAAAUAUGUUUUGUCUACACUCAGCAGCUAAAGCAGUUACGUGAGCCCUUACCAUCAUUUAUGAAACGUAUCAGCAAAGCUAAAAAUAAGUAAUGUGUUUGUUCAUCUCCGCUUAACACAAGCUUGUGCUCCGCAAAGUCAACUGUCAAAUUGCAACUUCAAUCGACCGAUCUUGUAAAUUCAAUACUUCCCCACACGAGGGGUUUACCUUUCGUCCUUAGCUCAAUAGUCUCACUUUUUGAAGCGGUGUAGACGUCCCUCCGGUGUAAGCUACACCCAGCACAACUCGGUCGUCCUCGACAGCACGGCAGCGAAUGUCUCUUUGCGCAACUCAGUUCACUUGCUUCGUCGUUUCCAGCUUCGGCCUCCGGCGGCUCACAACCGAAAACACCCCAGUACCGGCCGUCAGCGUGUGUUGGGGCAAGCAAAGGCAAUCCUCAAACAGUUUAUUAAAUUAUGUCAAAAAUGUCUUUCAACCAUAAAUAAAUAUUAAAAAUAAUAAUUUUUUUAACGUAUCGAUAAAGUUAACGACAUAAACAGUAACGGCAUAAAUUAAGUGAACUUAAUUACGUGAAAUAAACGGACGUACCAACUGUGAGAAAAUGUUACCAGCAACAUUCAAACAAUCAUUACAAAAUGUACCAGUGAAAUGUGACCCGCUAGAAAACAGGGAAAACUGUACUGAAAUGAAGACAUGACGGUAACGAUAAACUUAAGCCAUUAAAAAUGCUGGCAGCUCAGCACGUAAUGACAUGUGGCUGCAAAUGUCAACAGCCGGAAUCCUUCUAAAAAAAAUCUUAACCCAAGCUUUUCAAAUGAUGCAGGUUAUAGAAUGUGCCGUACAAUAGAAUGCUGGACUAAAGGUCUUUUACUUUAUAACAUUCUAUCUUAUAUAUAAAAUUCUCGUGUCACAGUUUUCGUUGCCAUACUCCUCCGAAACGGCUUGACCGAUUUUAAUGAAAUUUUUUGUGCUUAUCCGGUAUCUAUGAGAAUCAGCCAACAUCUAUUUUUCAUCCCCCUAAAUGUUAGGGGUAGUCCACCCCUAAAUUUUUUUUUUAUUUCCAGUUUUUGGUAGGAAAUCACCAUGGCAACGGCUGUAGUGCAGUCCUCAUCACCGUUGAAAUUUUGCAAGUACUUUAAAUAUCAAAAAUUGCCUUUUUUUUCAAGUAUAUAUAUUUUACAGACUUGAAACUUCACAGUAAUGUUCCUUAUGUUAAGCAGGAUGACAUUUUCCGAAAAUUAGAUCCCAUAGGUGGUUAAAACCAGGCAACAGUGGGUACUUUGUUUGCAUGAGAACAGUAUUUUGCAUUGUUCAUGCCUUCUGCGUCUCCAUGGCAACGGGCAUCGCGCGGCAGUGGCGUACCCACAACGAGGGGCAUGUAUUAUGAGCGGCGCAAGAGUGAUCUGCCUGUAGACUGCCGUAGCGAAGUACGGGUACAUCAGUUUUAUGUUGCGUGCACGAGUCGGGAAACCAUCGGUACAUUAUACAGCAUUGUAAUAAAUUUUCACUGAAUUUUUUAUUAUUUACCAUUACUGCAAAUGGGAGAUGUGGCUUAAUUUUUUUCCAUUAGUAUAGCCGUGCGAAGCCGGGUCGGGCAGCUAGUUCAGAAUAAGUUUUCAAUUUUUGACACCUGCUAUUGCCAACAUUCAGUAUUAAAUAUUGUAAAAAAAUAAGUAACAGAAUAAUUUAUGAUACAGAAUAAGUUAUUCUGGUGCUACAAUAAUCUGUUUUCAAUGUUUGCUGGAACAUGUAAAUACAGCUAAGUGCAUGAUUUUGUGGGUAAAUUUUAGAGAGUUGCGUAAUUUUUUUUAGUGUAGCUGUUAGCAUGCCAUGUAUUGGUACAAAAGGCUUUACGUUCACGCUUCUUGUAAAUAAUGCACAUAAAUGCCGAUGUAAAUGAGGCCAUUUUUAUGAACCUUUCAGUUGAAAAUAUAUUCAUGUUUAUAAGUAAAUAACAAUACACUUUUAAAAUCUGUAAUCUAGAUAUGACAAGCAAGCAAAAAAAAGUAUAAUGAAAUUCCAAAAAAUAUAUAGCAUUUCUUAUAUAAAUAAGAAGCAUAUUGUAAAAGUUAUCAACCAGAACUAGACAAGGAAUGUAAAACAGGAAAAUAAUUUUACUUUUGUGCAUACAAUUUACUGAUAAAUAUUAUGAAAAUGCCGUAGUUGAUGAGUUUUUUUAUUAUUUAUCUGUCAUUUUAUAGCUAAUUGGAAAAGCAGAUGUUUGAUACUGUUUAGAGUUUUUUGCUCAUUAGAAACCAAACAGAACAGUUUUACAGAUACAAUAUUAAACAUGGAAAAAAACCUUGUGUAAGUGUUGUAAUACAUACACACAUUAUUUUCUGCACAUUGAUUGUUCUGCUUUGAUUAUUUUUUGUGGUUUCAUUAAUUGUUUACUGUGGUUCAAUACCAACAUUCCUUUGCUCCAUUGUAUAGGUGUAAAUAAAUAGCCUUGUGGCCGGCAGGGCCACAUUUUUUACGUGUAAUUUAUUUUUGUUGCUGGUCUCUAGUUUUACAUGGUUUUUUAUUUCACGUAUUUAUACGCCUUUUUUAAUUAAUGUUAAUUUAUCUGUAAAUUUUUUUUUAAUUAUAUUUGUUUCUGUUAAUUAGUAAUACCCCGUUUGGUAGCUAUCGAUUAUGAGUUUAAGAACAUUGAUUGUGUUUCACGUAAAUACCACUUGGCGAGCGCCCGGCGGUGGGCUGAUGACGUCAGACAUUCGGCUUGCCGGGAGUGAAAAUCAGCUGGGGCCGCGUGGAGUGUGUGGCGAGUGACCGUCGAGGACAGAGCCAUGUGACGGCGCGGACUGGUGUGCCGGACGGCAACGGGCGACGAAGAGUAUGGGGGUGGAGGCUCCACGCUGGGUGACAGGGCAAUGGUUUGCCCUGUGAUACUGAAGAAAUCAAGGGUGAAGACGAGGGUGACGGGGGGUGGAUGUCGUCCUACGCUGAGACCAUGCUCCCUCCGGCCGAGACCGUCGACGAGAGCAGGGCCAACGUGAAGGGUGACGGAGGGUGGAUGUCGUCCUACGCCGAGACGGUGCCCGCUCCGGCCGAGACAGUCGAGAGCAGGGUGGCGGUGAAGGAAGAGGCAACCGUAGAGGACCUCCAGGCGUGGGAGCAGCUAGGAGAGGCACCCUCGCUCUCAGAGUGCAUUGCAAGAAAUGAAUUUCAUACCACGGAGGAAGAAAGGACAGAAGAUAAGGAAGAUUCAGAACUAUCAGUUUGCAUGGAUAACCAUUCAGCAUCUCUGCAAUCUGCUUGCUCAUUUCAGUCAUUACAUUUAGGGACAUUGAGCUUAAGUUUGGAGGGUAAAAACCAAGAUCAGAAGAAAUUGUUGAAAUGCAGUAUGCAACCUGGUGUGGUUGAUAAUAAUAAUAGAGCGACGCACUACGUCAGGAGAUACUUUUCAUGUGCUCAAUGUUCUGCCAAAUUAACUCAGAAGUGUCAUUUGAUUGCUCAUCUCAGAACGCACAAUGGUGAAAAGCCGUUUUCAUGUUCACUAUGUUCUGCUAGGUUCACUACAAAAAGUAAAUUGAAUUUACACGUGAGAUCACACUCUGGUGAUAAGCCAUUUUCAUGUUCACUGUGUUCUGUUAAGUUCACUACGAAAGGUAAACUUAAUUCCCACCUGAAAUCGCACACAGGUGACAAACCAUUUUCGUGUUCUAUGUGCUUUGCUAAGUUCACUACGAAAAGUAGAUUGAAUGCACAUCUAAAAACACACAUUGGUGACAAGCCAUUCUCGUGUUCACUGUGCUUUGCUAAGUUCACUACAAAAAGUAGUUUGAUUCCACACCUAAGAUCACACACUGGUGAGAAGCCGUUCUCAUGUUUGUUAUGUUCUGCUAAGUUCACCAUAAAAAGUAGACUGGAUUUACACCUAAGAACACACACUGGUGAGAAACCAUUCUCGUGUUCACUGUGUUUCACCAAGUUCACUCAGAAGUUUCAUUUGGUCGCACAUCUAAGAAGACAUACUGGUGAGAAGCCAUUCUCGUGUUCAAUAUGUUUUACCAAGUUCUUUACAAAAAGUAAUUUGAUUUCACACCUAAGAAUACACACGAAAAAAGUAGUUUGAAAUUACACCCAAGAUCACACUGGAGAGAAGUCAUUCCCAUGUUAACUGUGUUCUGCCAAUUUCACCAAGGGCCGUUUGCACAGAAUAAUUUAGUGGCCGUGACCACUAGUGUUGACGAGAAAUCCCCACCCACUAGGCUUAGCAAUUGGUCAGUUCAGGCAUAUCUGGUGGUAGUGCCCACUAACUUUCUAGUCAAGGAAUUCAGUGAUCGAUUGAGCUCACUACAAUUGCAUCUAGUGAAGGUUUUCUGCUAAGUGGCGGUUUUCAAGUGAGUUUCCACCUGGGAGUUGUUGAUGGAUAUGUGGGCGUAAAUACGAAUAUUUCUAAAAAAAAAAAAAAAAAAUGUUGCUUGUUAUAUAAAUAACUGAUGUUACAUGGUGAUAUUUUAAAAAAAAAAUUUUUUUUGUUUAAGAACCAAAGAAUAAAUGUGGCUCUUAAAAAUUCUAAUAAAGAUUAUUCCUUUCAGGUUCAUAUAUAUGAUUUAGCUUUGUUUAAAUGUUGAUGUGUUUGUAAAAAAUUAAGGAUUUGUGUUAUGAAUCUUGUGGAAAAAGUGGUACAUAUGUACUUGCAAAUAUGUUUGGUGGUGAUCGUGAAGUUAUAUCACGAGAGUUUAGCAAAAAAAAAAAGGACGAUUGACAACAAAUAGUGUUCAAUGUGCAGCGAAUUUUCUUUCGUAUUGUGUAAAAUUUCAUAAAAUCGGAACACCUCAGUAAUUAAAUUCAUUAUUUUGUACUUGUUA